GUAAGUAUUGCCCGAGAAGAGAGAGAUGUGGUGCAAACAUGUGGUGAAAUAUUAAGAUAUUCUAAGAGGGAAUUAAGGAAGAGCCGUUGGUCGACCAACCGACAAGCCAACGAUGAGAGGGUUUGUUUCGCCACGAGAUGGGCAACCCUAUUAUACUUACGCUGGGUGAAGUGGAACGAUGAAGCUUAAUGGAGGCUCAAAGGACCUGAACUUCAGAAAGAAAGCUGCCAACAAUUGCGUAGACGAGUCCUUGCGAUUUAUCAUUUGUAUGAUCACCUGCGCAUCACCACAAUAGGAGAGACAUCAUAGAUAAAAAAAAGAUGUCUCAAACAACAACCGAAAUUAAG